AUGGUGUCAACUCGACAAUUCUCCCGUUUAUACAAACAAUGCCAUACACUUUAUCGUAUCCCACACUUCUCAUCCAACACAAAGACCUCAAUUCCAAACAAGCGGUGUCUAGCUGAUAUUCGGGCCCCGGAACGACCGCGUAUCUUUCCUAGCGCAGGAUGGGAAAACAUCGAUUCUUCCUUACAAGUUGAAGAGGAGGCCAUCCCUACAUACAAACCCGAAAGAUUUUAUCCAGUCCACAUCGGCGAAGGUUUCAAUCGCCGAUAUCAAGUGGUUGGCAAACCGGGUUAUGGAUCAACAGCGACAGUAUGGGACCAUUGUUAUAUAGCAUUGAAGGUCUACAUAACCUCAACAUCACCUACGCAAGAAAUCGCAAUCUACAAACAUCUGAAAGCCAUCCAAUCUAACCACGCAGGCCAGUCAUGCCUCCGAGGGUUGAUCGACAUAUUCCAGGCCCCGAAUCCAGACGGACAUAGAACUCAUACUUGUCUUGUGCAUCCACCUCUUGGGAUAAGUCUCGACCAGCUCUUGCCGCUACUCCCUGAUAAAGUCAUGAGUAGCGCCAUGGUAAGAACAACGAUGCGAAAUAUUCUCGCCGCUCUAGCUUUUCUACAUACCGAGGCCCGAACUCUCGAGAAUCGUACAGUGUAUCUCUCACGACCAUUCCCUAUUUCAUACGGGACACCUGUUCUCUGUGACCUAGGCGAGGCUCGACUCGGCACAGACAAUCAACAGGGAGAUAUAAUGCCAGACGUUUAUCGGGCACCGGAAGUCAUCUUGAACAUGAGCUGGGACUAUAAAGUUGAUAUCUGGAAUGUCGGAAUGGUGAUCUGGAGCUUAUUUGAACAAGGACAUCUCUUCCAAGCCCGGAACCCCGAAGGUAGAUUAGACGAUGGACACCAUCUCGCCGAGAUCCAAGCCGUAUUGGGAAGCCCUCCUUCCCAAUUCCUGGCUCGAAGUGAGAGGAGCACACAAUUCUGGGAUGCUAGUGGUCAAUGGAAAGGCCUAGUUCCGAUCCCAAAGUACGACCUCGGGUCCCGGGAAGAAAGACUGGAAAAUAGCGAGAAAGAGGAUUUCUUACGCUUCCUUAGACGAAUGCUGCGUUGGCUACCGGAAGAGAGAGCCACUGCAAAGGAGCUUCUAUUUGACCCUUGGCUGAUGCGUGGUCUCUUCAAAUAA